UGUGGGAAGGCGGACUCUUCCUUUCCGGUCGGUGGCAGCCAUCAGGCAGGUGCCAACAUGGGGGCCUACAAGUAUAUCCAGGAGCUGUGGAGGAAGAAGCAGUCGGACGUGAUGCGCUUCCUGCUGCGGGUGCGCUGCUGGCAGUACCGCCAGCUGUCUUCCCUGCACCGCGCCCCGCGGCCCACCAGACCCGACAAGGCCAGGCGUCUGGGCUACAAGGCCAAGCAAGGUUAUGUCAUUUACCGAAUUCGAGUGCGCCGUGGGGGGCGAAAGCGCCCAGUUCCCAAGGGGGCAACCUACGGGAAACCUGUGCAUCAUGGUGUCAAUCAAUUGAAGUUUGCCAGGAGCCUUCAAUCUGUAGCAGAAGAGCGUGCUGGUCGCCACUGCGGGGCUCUAAGAGUCUUGAACUCCUACUGGGUGGGUGAAGAUUCAACCUACAAAUUCUUUGAGGUUAUUCUUAUUGACCCAUUCCAUAAAGCUAUCAGACGAAACCCCGACACUCAAUGGAUCACCAAGCCAGUGCACAAACACAGAGAGAUGCGUGGUCUUACCUCAGCUGGCCGAAAGAGCAGGGGUCUUGGAAAAGGUCACAAGUUCCACCAUACAAUUGGGGGAUCUCGCCGUGCUGCUUGGAGAAGGCGCAAUACUCUCCAACUGCAUCGAUACCGUUAAUUUGUGCGCAUUAAUUUGUAAACUAAUUGUUUAAUAAACAAAAUUUAAGACAGUG